AUGUCGUCGAGUGACACAACCGCCGCUCUCGACACCGCCAUCCCAUUGCUCGCCUGGUACGCCUUCAACGGCGCCUUCAACGUGGAGAACAAGCGGGUCCUCAACGAGCUCAGCUACCCGUGGAUCAUCUCCUGGGUUCAGCUCGCGGCCGGCAUCGGCAUCGCGGUGCCCGCGUGGCUGCUCGGUCUGCGGCGGCCGCCCGUGAUGACCGCGGCGGUGCUGCUGCGCUUCCUGCCGAUCGCGGUGCUGCACGCCGCCGGGCACGCGCUGCAGGUGGCCGGCAUCGGCGCGGGCUCCGUCUACUUUGGCACGAUCAUCAAGGCGACCGAGCCGCUGAUCGGCACGCUAAUCGCCUACGCCGUGGACGGCAAGGCGGCGCCGUGGUACGUCAACCUGACGUUCGUGCCCAUCGUGGGCGGCAUUGCGUAUGCGGCGGCAAAGCCGGGCGCGGCCGCUGACUUGUCCGACCUCGCCUCCUUCGCAGCCGUCGCGGCUCUCUCUUCGACGGUCUUCUUUGCGCUGGCGAAGCUGCUCGUCAAGCGCCUCAUGACGGCCGACAUGAAGAGGCGCCAUGGCCUCGACGCAGCCAACACGUACUCCGUGCUCACGUGUUGCUCCGCCGCGCUGCUGCUCGCGCCGUCGCUACUGCUGUGCGGGCUGUACUACUUUGCGUACAACGAGUGCGGCUUCCGCGUCCUGGACAAGCUGAGCCCCGUCUCGCAGGCGGCGGUAGCCAACGCCGCGAAGCGGCUCGUCAUCCUCUUCUUCGCCGUCGUCUUCCUCGGCGAGGAGGCGCGAGAGUCGCCGAGAUUCGCGGAGAGUAGUGGAGCGAGCGGCCGCAAGCUCGUCGGCGCGGGUGUGGCGAUCGCCGGAGUGACGAGCUACAGCUUCGCGAGGCUACGGGCCGACGCUCACGCAAGGGCAAAGGCCAAGAAGGCCUCCUGAUCACGCAGAGGUGCUGCAGCCUUGUGUCGGUAGCAGUAGAAGCUAGCGCAUCCCCAGCCUCCAGGCCGGACAGCGCUUGCCUCGGUUCAUGUUUAUUGUCCAUCGCCCAUGAGCCAUGUCGGUUGUCGCAUCUUAUCGCGCAUCCCGAAGCCCGUUCGUGAUGAAGCCUACAGACCUCUCAAUGGAUCCUGACGCGGAA